AUGGACGAGGUUGUUCUGUCCGUCUCAGCAGAACGCCGGUCCAUUUUGUCUUUGUGUGCUGUGAACUGUCCCGCUCAGCGUCAGUGUGUGGAGUAUGCCUUGAAGGCCCAGCCUCUCAAACUGUACAUCCCAAAGAAUCCGGUCCAGUACAAGUUCUGGUACAUCAUCAACUCGACAGGAUUUGAGUAUGUGAUGUUUGUCCUGAUCCUGCUCAACACUGUCACCCUGGCUGUUCAGCACUACGAACAGUCCAAAACCUUCAGUGACAUCAUGGACAUCCUCAACAUGGUCUUCACUGGACUCUUCACGGUGGAGAUGCUCCUCAAGCUGCUGGCUCUCAGACUCCGGCACUACUUUGUGGAUGCUUGGAACUCUUUUGAUGCUCUCAUCGUGGUCGGCAGCGUGGUGGACAUCGUGGUCACCGAGUUCAGCAGCGGCGAGGACAGCUCCAGAGUGUCCAUCACCUUCUUCCGCCUGUUUCGAGUCAUGCGACUAGUCAAACUGCUGAAUAAAGGGGAGGGGAUUCGUACAUUACUGUGGACCUUCAUUAAGUCACUGCAG